GGCCUCGAUCCCGGCCCGGCCCGCUCGCGUCGUCGGCCGCCGCGUCUCCUUCACGGCCCUUCCUCUCCGCCUCCCGCUGCCAGGAUCCCCGAUGGAUGGAGCUCUCUGGGGCGCGUCGGCCCUUCCGAGACGCUGAGCCUGACCUUCGCUCUCCGCCAGCAGAACGUGGCCCGCUUGGCGGCUCUGGUGCAGGAGGUCUCCUCCCCGGACUCGCCCGCCUACGGGAAGUUCCUCUCCCUGGCUGAGGUGCGGGCGCUGGUCUCGCCCUCCCCUCGGACCAUGGACGCUGUGCACAAGUGGCUGGAGGCUCAUGGGGUCCGAGACUGCAGGGGGGUGAGCACCGGGGACUUCUUGCUGUGCCUCAUGCCAGCCAGCACAGCAGAAGGCUUGCUUCCAGGAGCCCAGUUCCAUUGGUAUGCAAAGGGUGAUCGCCGGGUCAUCCGGUCCCCACAAGCCUAUGCCUUAAGCCAGGAGAUGGCAGAACACCUGGAUUUCGUGGGGGGUCUUCACCGCUUUCCUUCUGAGCCGACAGCUGUGAAUCGGGCCUGGGCCACAGAGAAGAGGCUGCAGGCCAACUUCCACCUCGGCGUGACGCCGGCUGUAAUCCGGAAACGUUACAACCUGACCGAUGGGGACGUGGGUUUUUCCCCCAAUAGCAGCCAAGCCUGUGCCCAGUUCCUGGAGCAGUACUUCCACCAGGCUGACCUUGCUGAGUUCAUGCAGCUGUUUGGAAAAGACUUCCCACACCGCUCCAGUGUGGAUCAGGUGGUGGGUCACCAAGGCCACGGCAAGGCUGGUCUGGAGGCUAGCCUGGAUGUGGAGUACCUCAUGAGUACAGGUGCCAACAUCUCCACCUGGGUCUUCAGCAAUGCAGGCAGGCACGAGAGCCAGGAGCCCUUUCUCGACUGGCUCUUGGUGCUCAGCAACCUGUCGGCGCUGCCGUGGGUGCACUCGGUAAGCUAUGGCGAUGACGAGGACAGCCUUUCUCGAGCCUACAUGGAGCGUGUGAACGUCGAGUUCCAGAAGGCAGCUGUCCGUGGGAUCAGCAUUCUCUUUGCCUCAGGUGACUCUGGGGCAGGUUGCCGGACCAUCGCUAGGGGAAAACACGCCUUCCGACCCAGCUUCCCGGCUUCCAGCCCUUACGUGACGACGGUGGGUGGGACCUCGUUCCAGCACCCCUUUCUGGUGAGCGCCGAGGUCGCCGACUACAUCAGUGGCGGAGGCUUCAGCAACGUCUUCCCCACGCCGAGCUACCAGGCAGCUGCGGUGAAGCGCUUCUUGAGCACGGCCCCCAAGCUGCCCCCAUCCUCCUACUACAACAGCACCGGGAGGGCUUACCCAGACCUGGCUGCUCUCUCGGACAACUACUGGGUCGUGAGCAACCGCAUCCCCUUGCCCUGGGUCUCCGGCACCUCUGCCUCGACUCCGGUAGUGGCCGGACUCCUCGCCCUGAUCAACGACCGGCGCCUCCAGCGAGGGCUGCCUCCCUUGGGCUUCCUCAACCCGGCUCUUUAUCGCCUCCAGGAGGAGGGGCACCACGCGGCCCUCUACGACGUGACGCAAGGGUGCCACCUCUCCUGCCUGGAUGCCACCGUGGAGGGCCAGGGAUUCUGCGCUGCUCCUUCCUGGGAUCCUGUCACAGGCUGGGGGACGCCCAACUUCCCAGCACUGCUUCGUGCCCUCUUGCCCUAAAGUGACUUCCAUAGACGUGAGAGUGAGGGGGGGGGCGCCCCUUCUCCUGGAGGCAGAGGGGCAGCCCGGCUCUUCCUCUCCCCGCCCACCCCCACCCCCAGGGGUCUGGUGGGCAGGGUGUCCUGGGGCUUCCUUGUGUGCGUCUGGUGGAGCGAGGAGAGGACGGCUCUGGCCUCGCCUGCUUGGAGAGGUGCCUCUAGCUGGGCUGGGCUUCAGUUUUGCAGUCCUCGGGGUCAAAGGGACACCUUUCCACGCGGGGCAUUCUGGAGCAGUGGGGGGGGCAGCGGUGGGAGUGGGGAAUGGGACGAGGUGGGGGGGCACCAGCCACUCUCCCUGUUGAGCGAGCCAACGGCUUCCUGCUUUUGCAAACAGAACUUGUUGGAAGCGUUGCCUGGGUCUGCUUGGGACUCUCGCCCUUCCCUCUGGUCAUUGUCCCCCCCUGCCCUGCCCCACCCCGCCCCACUGUCUUCCUGCUGUCUUCCGGCUGCCUUGCUUUCAGGCCCACAUUCAUUCUCAGGGGAGUGCUUGCCUGCCUGCCUGCCUGCCUGGGCCCUUCUGUUGGUCUGGAGGAAUGGGCGACGGCACCAGUUGGGCGGUUGCUGCCAGGGGUAUCCUGCUUUUAAGCAGCUUUGUGGCAGGCAUGUGGCAGGUGUGUGUGUUUGCACACAGGCACGCUUCCUUCCUUGGGGAAAGAAGAGGGCCCUGGGGAAGGGACCAGCUACGGCCCGACUGUAUAGGUUUUGCCUCUCUGCAGUGGACGGCCUCCAGUGGGCACUGCAGGAGAGCUGGUGUCUGUGCCACGUUGGUGGAAAGGGUGAGCUAACAAGGGGGAGGGGUGGGUGUGUAUGGUGUCAUGCCAUGGCAGCAGUGGCACGGGGGGGGGGAGAAGCCUCGGGAGGCAGUGGCGAGGAGCAACGAAGCGUUGAGCUGCUGGAGUCCGCUAUCUCGGGACGCCCUCUGUAAACCUCUCCUGGCUUGGCUGCCUUUGGGGCAACUGGGCUAGACGGGGUCACCAAUAAAAGCUCUAGAGAAUCGC